GGAAGGUUAAAGGUUAUGCACGCCAGGACACAGGCUGAGGAAUCCAGACCGCACGAAAGUCGUCUGAGUUUGGGUUUUAACGUCAAAUUGUUCCAGAAAAGAGACGGUAUUGGACUUUCUUCACCUUUUCCGACUCGUGGCACUUUACUCCAGACCUUGACAGAGUUUUUCUGACAGGAAAUCGGAGAGAAAACGUGUUUUUCUUCAGGGUGUGGCUGAAACUCGGCCGGUACGAUAUCGAGUACACCAACAUUCCAGGGCGACGGGCCGCUCAGACAGAAUUGAGGUGACAACGCAGCUCCUUCUGACAGUUCACAAUGGACCAUGUGGAAGGGGCGCUGGGUGCCCGUGAUCGGGUUGGCGUACAGGACUUUGUUCUGCUAGAGAACUAUCGCAGCGAGGAUGCUUUCAUCGAGAACCUGCGGAAGAGGUUCCAGCAGAACCUGAUAUAUACAUAUAUUGGCCCUGUGGUGGUAUCUGUGAACCCCUAUAGGAACCUUGGACUGUACACCCCACAGCAGAUGGAUAUAUACAGGGGAGUCAACUUCUACGAAGCGCCACCUCACAUCUUUGCCACUGCAGAUAAUGCCUAUCGCAGCAUGCGAGGAGAGGCAAGAGAUCAAUGUGUACUCAUCUCAGGAGAAAGUGGCGCAGGUAAAACAGAGGCAUCCAAGAAAAUGUUGCAGUACCUGGCAGUGUGCAGUACCCAUAGUGACAAUGUGGACAGAAUAAAGGACAGACUGAUCCAGUCCAACCCUGUACUAGAGGCAUUUGGGAAUGCCAAGACCAUCCGUAAUGACAACUCCAGUAGGUUUGGCAAGUACAUGGAUGUACAGUUUGACUACAAGGGAGCUCCAGUAGGUGGCCACAUCCUGAACUACCUGUUGGAGAAGUCCCGAGUGGUGCAGCAGGCAGAGGGGGAGAGGAGUUUCCACAUCUUCUACCAGCUCCUGGCUGGGGCAGACGAUGAUUUGUUAGACACUUUCUUCUUGGAGAGAAGACCAGAGACUUAUGCGUACCUCAGUAAGGGUAACUGCACCAGAGUUUCCUCCAUAGACGACAAAGCAGACUUCAAGACUGUCUACAGUGCUCUUAAAGUCAUCGACUUCACCUCAGAGGAAAUAGAGGAAUUGCUGUCUAUUGUGGCCAGUAUCAUCCACCUUGGAGACGUGAUGUUCACUGCUGAGGGAGACAAGGCUGGAAUCGUAGAUGCCAGGCCUGUCAACAGAGUUGCCAGGCUGCUCCAGUGUCCUGAGGAGGUCCUGGAAAAGGCUCUGACUCAUCGGACCAUCAUAGCCAAGGGUGAAAAGCUGUUGUCCCCUCUGAAUGAAGACCAGGCUACCUAUGCCCGGGAUGCCCUCUCCAAGGCCGUGUAUGACAGGAUGUUCACCUGGCUGGUCCAGAAGAUCAACACUUCAUUGGCUAACAAGGAACAAUACAGGAAACAUGUGAUUGGUCUCCUGGACAUCUAUGGUUUUGAGGUUUUCCAGAAAAACAGUUUUGAGCAGUUCUGCAUCAACUUCUGCAAUGAGAAACUUCAGCAGCUGUUCAUCGAGCUGACCCUGAAGUCUGAACAGGAGGAGUACCUGAGUGAAGGGAUAGAGUGGGAACCUGUGGCCUACUUCAACAAUAAGAUCAUCUGUGACCUGGUGGAAGAGAGGCACAGGGGGAUCAUUUCUAUUCUGGAUGAGGAGUGCCUGUUACCAGGUGACCCCACUGAUCUGACUUUCCUGGCCAAGCUGGAAAACGCUGUUGGAGAACAUCCACACUUCGUCAGUCACAGAACGGGAGAUGUGCAGACAAGGAAGACAUUGGACAGAGAUGAGUUCAGAUUGAGGCACUAUGCAGGAGAUGUGACCUACAGUGUUACAGGCUUCCUGGACAAAAACAAUGACCUUCUCUACAGGGACCUCAAAGAGGCAAUGUGUCAGAGUAAGAACCAAGUGACAUCUUCCUGCUUCCCUAAGUCAGAGCUGGACGAUAAGAAGAGACCUGUCACUACUGCAACCCAGUUCAAAACCAGUCUGAACCAGCUGAUGACCAUCUUAAUGAAGGAGGAGCCUUCGUAUGUCCGUUGCAUCAAGCCUAACGACAACAAGAUGCCAGGUGUGUUUGACCCGAUCCUGAUUCGUCAUCAGGUGAAGUACCUUGGUCUGAUGGAGAACCUGAGAGUGCGACGAGCUGGGUUCGCCUACAGGAGGCCUUAUGAGGCUUUCCUUAACAGGUAUAAGUGCUUGUCCAAGGACACGUGGCCCAACUACUACGGCAAACCUAAGGAUGGGGUGGAGCUACUGUGCCAGGCCAUGGAGUACAGACAUGACGAGUACAGACUUGGAAACACCAAGAUCUUCAUCCGGCUUCCCAAGACCCUGUUUGCCACUGAGGAUGCCUUCCAGCUGAAGAAGCAUGACCUGGCCACCACCAUCCAGGCAACAUACAAGGGCCAUGCACAGUACAAGAAGUACAAGAAGAUGCAGUGGGCAGUGACCUUGCUUGCUGCCCACUGGAAGAGAGUGACAGCCAAGAGGCUGCUAGAAAGGAGAAGGAAGGCUGCAAAGGUUCUACGCAGUUACAUCAAUGGAUUCAUCACGAGGAACCAGCCUCCCAAUGGUGAUAACGAGAUGUUCAUCAACCACUGUCGGGUGACCUUCCUGCACAAGCUCAGGGACAGCUUGCCCAAGUCUAUCCUGGACAAGUCCUGGCCGACUGCACCACCCAACCUCAGGGAGACAUCAGCCUUGUUGAAGGACAUGUUUCACAAUAACCAGGUGAGGCGGUACUGUCUGAACAUGCCACCACAGAAGAAGAUGCAGAUGCAAGAGAAGCUGACCGCCAGUGAGAUUUUCAAAGGCAAGAAGUCGAGUUACCCAGAGAGUGUGGCACAGCCUUUCAAGAGCAACAGACUAACCCCUCAGCAUGAGUCUCUGAAGUCCAAGGUGUUUGACAAGAAGUACUUGAGUCAGGAGGAGAGACCAAAGUACAUGUCUCCAGUGGUCAAGUACGAUCGCCAUGGUUACAAGACCCGUCCGCGUGUGCUGAUUGCCACCAACCUGGCUGUGUACAUCCUGGAUGAGCACGACUUCAAACUGAAGGACAAGAUCCUGUAUGAGAACAUGACAGGUAUAUCUGUGAGUGAGCUGGCAGAUGGAAUAUUUGUGAUCCAUGCAGAAUGCACAGAUAAGAAGGAAAAGGGUGACGUGAUCCUCCUCAGCGAUCAGGUGAUCGAGGCAACCACCAAGAUCGCCCUGGCCGCAGGCAAGAUCAACUCCAUCCAGGUCGUCAAACCUGGAGGACUGGCCUACACCAUGUCUGGGGGAAAGGAGGGUCUGAUCGAGUUUUCCUUGGGAGCUGAGACGAGAGUGGAGAAGGGCAAGAAGGGACAACUAGUAGUGGUGGCACCAUCCAUGAAGGUCGCAUAGAGAGGUGUUGUUACCACGGGAACAGUAUGGAUGUUGGAGAAAAAAGUUGUGGGGGCAUUUUCUCAUCGAAAAGGAAAUCAUCCACUCACAGAAAAAACUCAAAAUACCAUAGCGGCUUUUGCGGAUGUGAAACACUAAACACAUAUAUAGUGCUUCCAGAGGAAGUCUUUGAUAUGAGAGGAAAUAUCAUGUUUUAAACAGUUGAUAUAAACACUCCAUUUAAAGGGAACCAUAUCUACUCGUAUCUAUUAUGUACAACGUGAUAGUGGUGGUAAAUUCAUGUUUGUAAGCCUGAUAUCUGCUGGCAGUAUAUCUUAUUGAUCAUGGAAGUUUGUAGGAAAUAUAGCUGGUGCACGGGCCAUAUAGGAACAUUUCUGUAAAUACAUGCUUUGAUUUGUAUUGGGGAUGGCAGCCUAUUUCUCUACAUGACAUCUUCAUCCACCAUUCUUGUCUGAAUUGCUGCACAACUUUGAUUUUGUUGGGAAAUAGCAAAUGAAUGGGUGCAAACUAUAGCUCAUGCCAUAUAAAAGGAACAUGACUUUUUUUUUCACAUACUAUAUCAUCAUUUAAAAGUUUUGUAUAUCAUAUUACUUGAAAAAUGCAUAAUUGUAUUUACCAAAUGUAUUAAGAAUAGUUUGCCUCAUAUUCUAUAACAUGAUACACAUGGUGCUUGCAUCACAAUUGUAAGGACUUGCAAAAAGUGGGGUCUAAAAAGCAUACAAAUUGUUCAUGAAGAAAGCUGACACAAGCAACUACAUGACAAAGGAAGGAAACGACCCUGGAAAGAAUUAAAUACAGUAAACAUUUUCACAAACACACAUAUAAACAUACAAAGACGCAUGCAAUCUAUUUUGUUUCAUUCCAUGUUAUAUUGAAUCUUGUUGCAUUAGUAGAUAUCUAAGCUGACUUAUUGUAUGCUAGAGUGCAAUUAUCAUAAUAAAGAGGAAUGCUAGAUGCAUCUACUUUGAUUAGAUAGAUGUAAACUGCUAUACAAUUUAUUUCUAAAAAGCUAUGCUUGUAUUUAUUGUAAUUGUUAUGCAAAAAAAUUGUCAUAAAGAAAGGCAGUAGAAAAUGGUGUGGUGAUUUAACAGCAGCAUAUUCAUAUAUUUGUAUUUAUAUUGAGCUAAAAUUUCUGUGGUGUUAGAGCAGAUACGAAUGUUUUUAUACUGCUUGUAGAAAACAGCAUCCCCUUAUUAGUCAACAUAGUCUGACUGAUGUUACCCAGAUCAUGCAACACAUCUAUUAUUGCAAUUGUCCAAGAAUAUUUCAAGAAGUAAUCAACUGCAUAUCCAUCGAAGUGUUUUUCAUAGAUUUUACAAAAGGAUAAGUAGAACCACAUAUGGGCAAUGUAUGUUAUACUGAAGCUUGGAGCUAGAUUGCAAUUGAUGUCAUUGUUUCAAUAAUAAAAGUUGACUUAAAAAUUAA